AUGAGUACAAUUAAGAAACGCUGUUUGCGAACAAGGCGUUCCAGUUCUUCAUCAGAUUCAGGCGAUGAAACAACUGAAAAUGCAGAAAAGCAAUCAUUAGCUGAAGCGAAUAAUGUGGUGGAAGUUAUUCGCGAGCUGCAGAGGGUACGGAAACGUCCUGUAGGGAUCAAUUUGACCGCCCUUGGCUCCGGCAAAGCGGCGCCGGAGGUGGUGAUUGCGAGUGAUCCGUUCAAGUUAAAGACGGGUGGAUUAGUGUCUAUGAAGGAUAUAUCACAAAGUAACAAAGGAGAGGAUGAUGAUGACGUCGAGGUUAGGUUGGCCAAAACAUUCGCCACGGAGACCAACAAACGAGAUGAGGAUGCGGAAAUGAUAAAAUAUAUUGAAGAGGAAUUAGCCAAGCGAAAAGGUCUACGAAAGACACCUUCACCGGAACCACGAGAAGGCUCUGAUCUACUGCGUGAUGUACCCGAGUAUCUCCGGCCUGCCAUUGGCCAGCAAAGAGAAGAUAUGAUGUCCAAUCAAAUGCUCUGUGGUAUCCCUGAAGUGGACUUGGGAGUGGAAGCGAAAAUGAAGAACAUCGAGGCAACGGAAGAAGCUAAACAGAUCUUGCUACGCCAGCGCUACAAUCGUCGUUACGGUGCAAAUUGCGAUGGCAUGGCUCCCACUAAUGUUGCGGUGAAUUUCGUUCAACACAGCAGAUGGAACAAUCACUCCAGUGCUGUCACUCUAUCCGAGGCGGACUACAAACGCGAGUUGUUGAGCAUAUCUACUAAAUCGGAGACCUCAAAGCCCAAAUCCGAACAUCACGAACCUCCGCACAUUGAAGCGGAAAUGCAACGGCUUCGAGCAGAACGCGCUACGGACAGUCUUGCGUUACAACGCUUCAAAACACACAUGCGGGGUCGAAGAAGGCGUUAA